AUGACAUCAAACUCAGACAUUGGCAAUAUGAACAAAUCAGCAGGCAAAAAGAUAUCCCCAAUCAGAACGGGGAAAGAUACGCAAAAUCGGUCUAUCACUGCAUCUUCCCCAAAGGCGUCGACACCGACAAACCCUCACGGGCAGACUCUAUCGGAGGCUGGUGCUGCGGUCGCUGCUGCUGCUGUGGGGGCUGUCAUCGAGGCUGAUUCAGUGUCCUCAGCUGUUGUUGCUGCGGAUGGGGACACUCGUGUUUACGAUGUCCUGUCCUACUGCAUCCAAAACAAGUACCUGGGAACGGUCUCGAAGGUGGUGUUGAGGGUGCCACUGGUGCUUGGAAUGCUGGGUGGGUCAUAUGUCGCUGCUGUGGACGAUGUUACUACCGAUGAGAGCUACCGAAGGGCACCUUCCUCUUCUGUUAUCGAUGGUACUAUUAGUGAUAUUGAUGUUGUCUUCAUAUCCCCGGUCAGUGAAACUUGUAAAUUUUCCUAUCCAAAACCACCUGAAAUGGGUGAAAUAGAUACAAAACCAAUUGAAUCCGUCCAAGCUGCAUUGUACUUGUUUGGGCAGAAAAGUGAUCCUGGAAGAUACAGAUCAACUGGCAGUGAGGAGACAAACAAGGAGAAAGAGCUAGAAUUCGUGCUGAAGGACUUGGCCAGCUACAAGGUGCAGCUGGAAAUAAAAGAAUCUGCCCACAAACAGGCCCUCAUGGAGCUCGAAAUACACCACGAAGCAGCCGAAAAACUUUCUUCUCAGCUGAAGAAAGCCGAGGCUGAUAGAGACAAAUUCAUCAAGGUAUUUGAAGAGGCCAGAAUCCGCAUUGUCGAACUUGAAUCUGAGAAUAAGGAUAUCUUGACUCAGAUAUUGGAAAGUGGGGAAGCCCGAGAAGAGCUCCUAUGCACUGAGAAUGAGUGGAAGGCUACUCAUGAGGAGCUGAAAGCAGAACUUAGUGCAGCUGAGGAAUCAAAGCUGCUUGUCCUGAGACAAGCCGAACUGAUGGAAACUGCUGUUCAGUUAGGAAACGAGAAGACUGAGGAGCUUCUGAAGCAUGUAUCAGAGCUCAAUGAAGCUAUUCGUAUGUCUAAUUUGGCAGCGAUCAAAGCAGAGAAAGAGAAAUCUGCUAUCUUAUUGGCCAAGGAGGAAGAGAUACGGAUGGCUGUUGCUGCGGCAACACAGGCACAGGAGCAAUUAGAUGAGAUGAGCAAAGAAUUCAAUGAGGUGAAGGAUUCAAAGAAUCAGCUCCAUGAGAAGUCCCUUCUUGUCGAUUCUUUACAGUCUGAACUUGUGCAAGCAAGAGAGUCCUUUGAGUUCAUGGAAAUGGAGCUGAAGAGAACCCGAGAAGAGUUGCAAAUUGCACGAGAUGAGAGAGAUGGAUUGCAUUGUCAGCUUGAGCUUUCAACAGAUGAGAUGCAGAAAGCUAAAAAUGAAAUGGAUGAAAUCCAAGAAAGAGAAAAGGAAUUGAAAAUCGAAAUAGCGAUGCUGAGAUCUGAACUUCAUAGAGGCAGGGCAAAAAUUGCAGCUGCAGAGGCAGCUGAAGCAAGGGCUAAUAGUGUCAAAUCAGGUCUGUAUCAUGCUGUGCAAGAGUUAGCUGUGGAAGCAGAGGAAUCCAAGAAGGAGACCCGAAGAUUGAAACAGGAAGCACAGAGAGCAGAGGCUGAUGUAGAAACACCUGCGAUCGAGGAAUCAGCAACCGAGGCAGCUAUAACCAAUGCUGAUUCAUCAGGUUUCUGCUCUGGCAUUGUGAUUUCGUUGGAAGAAUACGAGUCCUUGGUUCUAAAGGCUGAAAAAACACACCAAGUUGUAGAUUCACCACCUCAAGAUGCAUUACAAUUGUUGGAAUCCCAAAAUAUGAGUGAACUGGAGAGCUUCAAGAAGCAGCUUGAUGAUGCAAGAGCAGAGAUUAAGGACCUCCAAUCUGUUGUAGAACACUCUGUGAAGAGAGCAGAGUUGGCAGAGUGUGCUAAAGCAGCUAUCGAGGAUCAGCUAAGGAAGUGGAGGGAGCACAAGCAAAGGAGAAGGGCGGCUUUAACAGCACUCCGUGAAGAAUCAAGCCGGGAUAGCCGUCCUCCAAUUUGCGACAACAAAUCUCUGUCUUACCAACCAUUGGGUAAGGUUCUUAACAUGGAGCUUUAG